AUGCAGAAAAUCGUGUUUUUCGGUCUAGCCCUAUUGGCUAUCGUCGCCGCGGCCCCUCAAGACCCCCAGGCUUACAUCUUGAGACAGGAGUCUGAUGUCAAUCCCGAGGGUUAUAACUUCGAGUUUGAAACCAGCGACGGUAUCACCCGUCAAGAGCACGGUGUUCUCAAGCAGAUAAGUGAAGAUCACCAAGGUAUUGAAGUCCACGGCAGCUACAAAUACACCGCACCGGACGGCCUCGUUUACACCGUCAACUUCAUAGCCAACGAACACGGUUUCCAACCACAAGAACAUGUUGAACAUCCCUCACAAUAA